CAUAGCUUCCCAGUUUUACCCGAGGUUCUACACGAUGAUCCCCGCCGGAUUGUCGGUCGGAUUGGGCGGUGGACCGCUCUGGUGCGCGAAAUGCACUUACUUGACCGUGGCGGCGGAGGCUUACUCGACCGUCUCGGACAUCGCCGCGGACGUGCUGGUCACGAGGUUCUUCGGUCUCUUCUUCAUGUUUUAUCAAAUGGCGCAGGUGUGGGGCAAUCUUAUAUCGUCGGCAGUUCUCUCCUAUGGCGUCGACACGGACGUCGCAACGAACGUCACCCUGAACAGCAGCGUCGUAGCGGAAACAUGCGGCGCGAAUUUCUGCGGGGUGUCCAACGUGGAGGAUGAGAACCCGAAUUUGCAACCCCCCGCAGUGGAACGAAUCCACCUGAUCUCGGGGAUUUAUCUGGCCUGCAUGAUCCUGGCCUGCCUGAUCAUCGCGUUCUGCGUCGAUUCCUUGACCAGAUACGACAGGAACAGGGCCCGCUUAGUGAAAGGCAAGUCUGGGCUGAAACUGCUGGCCGUGACAUUAAAGUUGCUGAAGGAGAGGAGCCAGCUUCUGAUACUGCCAAUAACGUUGUUCAUCGGAGCGGAGCAAGCCUUCUUGUUCGCCGAUUACAAUGCAUCGUUCGUUUCCUGCGCCUGGGGGAUUAGCAACAUCGGCUACGUCAUGAUCUGCUUCGGUAUCACGAACGCCGUAGCCGCGCUCGCCACGGGAUCCAUCGUGAAGCUAACCGGAAGGAAGCCCGUGAUGAUCUUCGCCUUCUGCCUGCACCUAAGCAUCUUGAUUUUCAUGAUGCGCUGGAGACCGACUCCUGACCAAGGUCUCGUCUUCUUCUCGAUAUCGGGUCUGUGGGGUGUAUGCGAUUCGAUCUGGCUGGUGCAGGUCAACGCAUUGAGCGGGAUACUGUUUCCCGGCCGAGAAGAGGCAGCCUUUUCCAACUUCCGCCUGUGGGAAUCCACCGGCUCGGUGAUAACGUACAUCUACAGUCCGUAUCUCUGCACUAGUACGAAGCUGUAUCUCCUGGUCGGAAUACUGUGCGCCGGGAUGGUCGGGUACGGUAUUAUCGAGUGGUCCGGCGGAGUGGACAGAGUCGCUGCCGCUGGGAAGCCCGACUUUGAACUGGUGGACAGCAAGGAGAUCAAUCGAUAGAACAUAAAAGCCGCUUCGGGCUACGGGCAGUUCUCUCUUCGAUCGCUAGAAUUGUAUUGGGUCAUUAAGUAUGAAACUUUACAAAUAGAACAUAAACUUUUGCACUUUUUGGCACAUGGA